GAAACUGACGUUACGUCGCUGCCUCGGUAAUGGCAAGUGACAGAGGGUGAGGAAGGCGAAGCGAAACUUUUCAGCUACAAGUCGCUUUUCUCUUAAAUCCUUCAUAACAACCACAGCAUCCCAUUCUUCUACUCUGACACUGACGCGGCGCUGUUGUCGUCUACAUUUUACCAUCCUUCGCGUGGGUCUAAAGUCGUGAACGGUGGUCUGUCGGUCUCGAAGUAUCUGAAUAACAUUAUACCAGAAGUUUGUUCGACUUCGAGUAAAUACGCAGAGUCGCCGAAGAUUAUAAGCGAUGACUAACAGAGAAGACGAAUAUGACUAUCUUUUUAAAGUGGUGCUGAUCGGAGAUUCAGGUGUAGGGAAGAGCAACCUGCUGUCACGCUUCACCCGGAAUGAGUUCAACCUGGAAAGUAAGAGCACCAUCGGGGUGGAGUUCGCCACACGCAGCAUCCAGGUAGAAGGCAAGACUGUCAAGGCUCAGAUCUGGGACACAGCUGGACAGGAGCGAUACAGAGCUAUCACUUCUGCGUACUACCGUGGAGCAGUUGGAGCUCUCUUGGUUUAUGACAUUGCCAAGCAUCUGACGUAUGAAAACGCUGAACGCUGGCUGAAGGAGCUGCAGGACCACGCUGACAGCAACAUAGUCAUCAUGCUAGUGGGCAACAAAAGUGACCUACGCCACCUUAGGGCAGUGCCCACAGAUGAGGCCAAGGCCUUUGCAGAGAAGCACGGCUUGUCUUUCCUGGAGACUUCAGCAUUAGACUCAUCUAAUGUGGAGCUGGCUUUCCAAACUAUUCUCACAGCCAUCUACAACAUCGUGUCACAGAGGCAGAUGUCAGGGCGAAGCGACUCAGACUUCUCACCAGCCUCCAACGUAGUGCCCAUCACAGUCGAGCCCACCCAAAACUCAGCCAAUAAGGGUGUCUGCUGCCAGAGCAACUGAGUUCCUUACUACUGACCUCCUCCUUUACCUCCAGGCAACUGGAGAAACAGCCAGAUAGACAAACAAAGACAGACAUUUGGACAGGGAAAAUGGAGAGACAGGUAGAAAUAACCAUUUCACACAAGGACCUUUGUACUGGGGUUGAUUUGUCUAAUGUCUGGUUAAGAUGACUUAAUACAGCGUGAAGAGGGGACACAGUGAAGAAGGGAUAGUAAAGAGGUUUAGAUAAACAGACAAGGGGAUGUGGUGAGGAUUCAUAUCAUUGGAAAGAAAACACCUGAGAUGCACUGUACACAGUGCAUUUAGCUUUGAAAGAGGUACAUGAUCAGAACGUAUUACCAAUUUAACAAAAAAAUCCAACACUUUAUCAGGUCCCUUUUGUAUCUCAUCACAUUUUCUGUCUUUGCAAGCUGUCUCCCUUUGAAAGCUCUAUUUUACAAGCCAGUAAAUGCUUUCCCUCAGUUUCCCACUAGCGGGAUAUUUAGCAAUAAAAAUCCACAUCCAAAAGACUGAACUGCAACCCCUCGUUCACCACUGUCAUUCCCAUUUUCACUAAAUGUAUAAUAUUUAGAAAACAAUGUCCCUUACGAUAUUUAUUGAACACUAGAUUAAGGUCUUGUUUGGUCAAAGGGUUUGCAGUUUAACACUAGUUGGUUCAGAUUUUCCACACUGAUCGCUUCACAGCAAAGGGAGCUCUUUUGCUUUUUAGAUUUUUUUUUUCUUUCACGCACAAUCUAAGGGCAACUUUCCUUCACUAAUGGAGGAGUAAGACAUUUUUCCUAAAUCUACAUGCUGGACUUUGGUCGAAGUUGGUUCAAGUUGUGUUCCACCAGGCAACUCAGAGCAAUAACAUCCCUCCCUAACAGUGACAUGUAAUUUCUUUUUGAUUGCUUUUGAUCUUUGUUUGGAAGGCUUUCCUGCCCCAUGCACACUCAGUACUCUACAGAUGAGUCAUGCUCUUACAAGCUUUGCACAGCGUUAACUCUAAAUGGCAUGGGAUAGCUGUAUCACUUUCGAAUGGGUUAACUGCCUCACAUGUCAGUGAGACAGAAGUAUUGGUUCUGCUGAUGACUGUUUUCACCCCUGCCCUGAACCUUUGGGUGUAGUGAGAGAGGUUAGGGAAUUGGUUUAAAUGCAUUGACAACUCUGUGCUGCCUCUGCCGCUGCUGCCGCCUGCUAGCUGGAAUAGAUAGAUGGAUGGAUAAUGUUUCAUGGGAUGAGGUAGUGAGGGCACUCAGCCCUGCCCUGCUCCUGCGGUCUCUGAUGUACCCGAGAUGGCUUGUUUUACUGUAAGUGAAAUCCACCACUGCCUGCUCACCUACUCCUUUCUGUUUCUCUGUACACUGUAUGUAACUGGAACAGGACUCUGCCUUCUGGGAUCUCCCUGAGGUCUGCCCUCGCUCUCACUUGUCUUUAUUUCCUGUGGAGGGGGCGGGGGUUGUAUUCAGGAUCCACGAUUGGGUUUGUUAGUAUCUAAAUAGUUUUAAUAGAUGAGGAAAAGGAGAAAGGACGGUAGUGUUGGGAGGGGCUUAAUUAAAUCCAAAGGUUAUGCACACAGAUGGUGUUUAUCCUGCUGAUGUGUUUCCACAUCAACAUUGACUUAUGUUGACUUCAGAGGUCUUAAACUGAGUGGUGUAGGUAAGGGAUUUUUAACAUCUAUUCUAAUAUAUGUAUAUUUGGACUGCAUAUGUAUAAAUAAAUUCAUUUGUUAUA